AAGAAACGAAUUACGUUUGCGGAGUUGAGAAUUUGACACAGAUAUAUCAGCAGCUUCUUAGAAUAAGACCUUGGGGUUAUUGGUGAAUGAAUACCGGUGGGACUGAGUGGAUAUAAAUAGACACACAAAAGCUUAUGCAUUAAUACCUCAUUGCAUUUAUAGAAUAGAACAACAGCAACCUAUCUCUCUCCAGUCAUCACUUGCAAAAACAGGAAGACAAGAAACACCCCUCUUCCCUUUUCAGCUCUAUCUUUUACUGCUUAAAUCAAAUAUCAUGUCCUCCAACAUUGAGAGCUUGAUGGGUCUUCUCAGAAUCCAUGUUCACAGAGGAGUUAAUCUUGCCAUCAGAGAUGUCCUGACCAGUGACCCUUAUAUUGUGGUCAAGUUGGGCAAACAGAAACUGAAGACUCGUGUGGUGAAGAAAAAUAUCAAUCCUGAGUGGAAUGAAGACUUAACUCUUUCGAUUAGCAACCCAAAUCUUCCAGUCAAGAUUGGAGUUUACGACAGAGACACUUUCAGCCGAGAUGACAAAAUGGGAGAUGCAGAGUUCGAUAUCCAUCCAUUCCUAGAGGCUCUAAAGAUGCACCUUCAAGGCCUGCCAAGCGGAACCAUAAUCACAAGAAUUCAACCAAGUAGGGAAAAUUGCUUAGCUGAAGAAAGCCAUGUUCUCUGGGUUGAUGGCAAGGUGGUUCAGAACUUAUUUCUUAGACUGCGAAAUGUAGAAUGUGGUGAAAUAGAACUCCAGCUUCAGUGGAUUGAUAUUCCAGGUUCUAGGGGUUUGUAGACUGAACUUAUCACUGCAAAAUGUACAUAUAAGAGUUCAAGAGUGUCAUAAAUUAGACUGAUUUCUUUGAUUGUUAGUGUGAAAAUACUUGGAUUUUAGUUGAAAUGCUAUUUGAAUUGCUUAUUUUACUCAA